AUGUCCCUGAGAGAUAACCCCUGUAUAGCAGUGUUCUGUGGUUUUGGUGCGACGUGCGACCCCACGCAGAUCAACGAUGCCGGGAAGGGGACGUGUAUCUGCGAACAGACGUGUUCCAGCGGAGUCAUCGCGCCCGUCUGUGGCUCCGACGACGUCACGUACUCCAGCAAGUGUAACCUGGAGCUCAAGUCCUGCCAGACACAGGCCAGGAUCACAGUCAAGAAGGAAGGAAAAUGCAUACAAGAUCCGGAUUCGAACCCCUGUGUAGGCAAGGACUGCAGAUACGGCAGCUCCUGUGUCGUGGACGGCUCCACCGCGAAGUGCGUCUGUCCGGUUUGCGACGAGCAGAUCGAGAGCACGGUGUGCGGCGAUGACGGAAACGACUACAAGAAUGAGUGCGAGAUGAACAAAGCUGGCUGCUCCAAAAAGGAAGAGAUCACUCUUAGGUUUAGAGGGAAAUGCAACCCCUGCGAUGGCUUCAGUUGUGACAAGGGUGUGUGUAUCCUGGAUGACAACAGGAACCCACAGUGCAGCUGUACACAGGAAUGCCCUGCACCAGAUCCCCUGGCUAGGAUUUGUGCCAGUAAUGGGAAGACUUACCCCAGCGAGUGUCAGAUGAACAAGGAAGCCUGCGAGAUGGGGAAGGACUUAGAGGUGGUGGACAGGUCACAGGGAUGUGAAGAGCUCUACAAGGAAGACAAAGGGAAGGCAGUAGAAGGCACCUUUGCUCUGUCAGAGCUGGACCGUAGACCCGCUGAGUUCCGGGCAACACUGGACGACCCCACCUCACCUGAGUACAAGGAUCUCAAGGACAAGUUGGAAAAUGCUCUUGAAGCCUCCCUGGGCCCUGGCAGAGAAGUCAAAAUCAUCGGGUUCAAGGACGGAAGCAUCAAGGUCAUUUUCCAGAUUGUCUUGCCGCCUCGCUCCCGAGACACACCCGAGGACGUCAAGGACAAACUGAUGGACGCAAUUCAAGACGCUCCUGACUUAGACAUCAAACCUGGCACCUUGAUGGUAGUAGAAGCAGAGUCCUGCUUUGGCCAAGUCUGUGAGUUCAGUUCGGAGUGCACGAUCGACCCGCGUACAAAAGACGCCACCUGCAGCUGCGAGUCCAUUAAGUGCGACGAGUCGUACGUUCCCGUCUGCGGAGACAACAGGGUCACCUACAACAACGACUGCCAACGCAAGCAGGCCGAGUGUCGGGAGCAGAAGCCCAUCCUCGUCAAAUACAACGGCAAAUGUGCCCCAGAAAAAGAUUUCUUCUGUGAAAACGUGAAGUGUGGAUUCGGCGCCACCUGCACGGUCAUUGACGGCAACCCCAUGUGCGAGUGUGACACGGUCUGCCCUGCGGAAUUCCGCCCGGUGUGCGGCUCGGACGGAGUGUCGUACAACAACAUGUGCUACCUGCAGGCCGAGGCCUGCGAGAAACAGCAGGAAAUCCGCAAGGUGGACGACAGGCUCUGCAAUGGCUGUGAGAACACCACUUGCAGGUUUGGAGCGAUCUGUCAGAGCAGCAGCUCAAACGAGGCUCUGUGUGUCUGCCCCAAGGCUUGUAUUGAGGUGUAUUCUCCUGUGUGUGGCUCUGAUGGUAAAACCUACUCCAACAAGUGUGAGCUGGAGGUGGCUUCCUGUAACCUGCAGAGGGACAUCAGGGCGGUGGCUGACAUGCCUUGUGAGGAUAUGGAGUGUGGAGGCACGCGCUGCGGCCCCUACCAGGAGUGUGUGGACGACAAGUGCCAGUGUCCCACCGCCUGUACUGCGAUUUACGACCCCGUCUGCGGGAGCGACGGCAAGACCUACGGCAGCGAGUGCAAGCUGGCGGUGGAGGCUUGUCGGGACGGACUGUCCGUCGUGGUGCAGGCGCCCGGACCGUGUGAAUUCGAAGGUUCUGGGUCCGGAUCAGGAGAAGAGCCGGACGAAGGUUCUGGGGGUGGACCCCGCAACCCCGACGACGAGUUUGACUUCUGCGACGAGGGAACCAACUGCCGCUUUGGCGGGAAGUGUAUGGACAUGGACCCUGACUCUGAGGGAGAGGAGUGCAUCUGUGAGACCAAAUGUUCCGGGGACAUCAAGCCUGUGUGUGGCAGCGACAAAGAGACCUACGACAACGAAUGCCGCCUGAAGCUUGCUGCCUGCACCUUGCAAAGAAACAUCCGAUUGAUGAGCAACGGGCCCUGCCCUGAUCGAGUGAAAGUGUUUCGGCAACAGUUUUUCUCGGAUGUCCCCCCUGCCCCUAAGACUGACUGUAAGGAGACAACCUACAAGUGCUGUCCGGAUGGCAAGACUCCCGCUGCAGGGGCUGGAUUCGCUGGCUGUCCAAGUGUGUGCAAGUGCAACACACUGGGCUCCUACGCACAGACAUGCGACUCCCAGUCUGGACAGUGCAGCUGCAAACCUGGCGUUGGCGGCAAGAAGUGCGACCGAUGCGAGCCGGGAUUCUGGAACUUCCGUGGCAUGCAGGAUGGAAAGAUCGGCUGCACGCCAUGCGAGUGCUCAAAGGGUGGCUCAGUCCGCGACGAUUGCGAUCAGAUGACCGGCAAGUGCGUGUGCAAACCGGGAGUGUCGGGAAUGAAAUGUGAUCGCUGCCGCAAGGGUCAGGUCAUGGGACCAACAGGCUGCCGAGAGCCGACCCAGAGAGAGCCUGAGGUGGCGGAGUCAUGUGACCAGCUGAUGUGCAAGUACGGCGCAGUCUGUAAGAAGAUGGGCCGCGACAUGGCACAGUGUGUCUGUCCCACCGAGUGCAAGAGGGGUACAAUCGAAACAAAGAGACCAGUGGACUGGAGGGUCUGUGGCUCAGAUGGACAGACAUUUGCGGAUGAGUGCCAGAUGAGGGUGAUCGCCUGUCGCUACCAGCAGGACAUCAAGGUGGCGUACGCAGGGCCCUGUAAAACAGAUGUUACGACAGCGGCUGUAACUCCGACAGGUCGCAACACGACAUGUCCUACCAACCUAACACGAACCCCUGCUUCAGAAAACGCGACCGACAAACCUAGCAUGCCCGAAGGUACAAAGGAAACGGUUUUGCCAACUGAGUCCACUCGUGUGCCCCCCACGAGCGCGUCGGAAAAUCUGGUCACACCAACAAAGAAGAUGUCUACGUUCCCACCACUGAAGACGACAGAGACGAUACGCCCGCCGGUCACGGUUACGCCGCCCCCGGUAGAUCGUACCCCCUGCAGCAGCGUACCCUGCAUGCAUGGCGGAACGUGUAAGAAGAUGAACAACGGGAGGAGCUUCGAGUGUUCGUGUCCAGCUGGGUGGACUGGUCCAGUGUGUGAAGAAGAGGUGUUCUUCUACCAGCCAGCCUUCGGAGGAGACUCCUACAUCGCCUUUAAGACUAUCAAGGUGUUCCUUAGCGGGACCAUCAUGUUGGACUUCAGGUACACUGGGAAGGAUGGUCUCCUGGUCUACAACGGACAGAAGAGCGGAAAGGACUUCAUCUCUCUUGCUAUCGUCAAUGGGAAACUCCAGUUCCAAUAUGACCUUGGAUCAGGCCCUUCAGAAAUCAUACACUCCCUCCCCUUGGAGCCAAACCGCUGGUACACGGUGUCUGCGUCUCGCGUGAAACGUGACGGCUACAUCCGCAUCGGCAACGAGCCGGACACCACUGGCGCCAGCCCCGGGAAAACGACAGGACUGAACCUAGACGAUGACUUCUAUGUGGGCAACAUCCCGCCAGAGGACAGAGAAAGGGUGUACCAGCGCAUUGGUGUGACUGGUGGAUUUAAGGGCUGCAUCCGCGAGCUGAAGGUCAUCGACCAGAAGGGUCAGGAGAAGAUGUACGACCUUCGACCCAACGGCAAGGACAUGAUGUUCGGUGUGGGCGUGAGCGAGUGCGGGUCAGACCCCUGCAAAGCCAAGCCGUGUCAGAACGAGGGACAGUGUGAGGAGACGAACGACGGGAACUUCAGAUGCGUCUGCAAGCAAGGCUUCCAUGGUCCCCUGUGCGGCCAUGCUGCCAGCGACCCCUGUGACCCCAACCCGUGCCACCCCAGUGCACUGUGCACCAUGAAACCUGAGGGAGGGUUCCUGUGCAAGUGUCCUGUAGGGAGAAGGGGAAGGCUCUGUGAUGAAGAAAUUGAAGACGUCCAGACCUUCAUCCCAGAAUUCAGCGGUAACUCCUACAUCCAGCGCCCAGGUCUGACUGCCGUCAGCAAGUCCCUGAGUGCUGAGGUCAUCUUCUACGCAACCAAGAACAACGGCAUGCUCCUGUACAACGGACAGAAGACUGACGGCAAGGGAGACUUUGUGUCCUUGAACCUGAAGGACGGAUACCUGGUCUUCAGAUUUAACUUGGGGAAGGGUCCUGCUGAUAUCAGAUCGGAAGAUCCCAUCAGUCUGAACGAAUGGCACGAGGUCAAGCUGGAUCGUAACUUGAGACGAGGGCAGAUGACCUUGGAUGGCAAGGUCGUGGGCACAGGAGAGUCACCUGGUGGGCCAUCCAACAAUGUACCGGAGGGUACGCUGUCCCAGCUGAACCUUGGUCUAGAUCUGUUUAUUGGCGGUGGCGACGAUUACUCCACUUUCGCACGCGACGCUGACAUCACCACCGGAUUCACAGGCGCCAUACAAAAGCUGGUCAUCGCAGAUGUGGAGGUGCCUGAUCUUGUUGACGGUGCCCUCGCCGCUGUGGACAUCGAAAACUUCGAGAAACACGGGUGCACCCGUAAGGACAACCCCUGUAAAAACGGAGGCGUGUGCAAGCCCAUGAUGGCGGACUACAAGUGCGAAUGUUCCGCUGGCUAUACAGGGAAACGCUGUGAGAAAGCUCCAAGUGAGUCAGUCGACCCCGCCCCUCUGCGACAGGAAGGCGUCGGCCUUGACGGGACAACCAUCCUCAGCUAUCCCAACGCCAUCAACAAAAGGGAGUCCAAUUCUAUUCGAGAACAGGAGCCCAACCAGGACGACAAUCACUUUGAGGUGACCUUCCGGACGACCUCUGACCACGGGCUGCUGCUCUGGAACCACAAGCCCGGCGGCGGUGACUUCAUCGCCCUUGCCAUCGUGGGCGGGAAACCCCAGCUGACCUACAAACUGGGAAAACAACCGUUCACCAUCGAGUCUCCGAUCACGGUGAACACGGGACGUUGGGUCACCAUUGUGGCUGACAGGAACAAGCGGGAGGGCUCACUGGAGAUUGUGGGGGUGGAAGGCUCCACUCAGACGGGAGAGUCACCGCCUGGUGCCUCCCAGCUCAACACUGAUGGUGUCCUCUGGAUAGGUGGAUUCAGCGGAGCUCUCCCCAGCGGCCUGCCCUCAGAGUACAACUCCGGCUUCGUAGGCUGCAUCAAAGACGUGAAAAUCGACAGACAAGAGCUAGACCUUCUACAGAACUCCAUAGAAAGAAGGAAUCUAAAGCCCUGCACUGGAUAAAAAAAGAAAACAUGUCUUCCCUGGGGGAGGGUAGCUUAUAGCUUAGGUAGAAGCCCAAGCCAGUUUUAUACCUUGUACAUGUAUCCACCACACCACUAUUGGAGCUACAAUAUUUUGUUGCAACUUGGGUUUAGACUGGGUUUCCAUACAAUGGCCUGUAGUACAGUGAUCUCUGUAAUUAUGAAUUUUACUAUCUUCCCCCAGUGGGGUCAGGAUAUAUUGAGCGCUACACGUUUAACACGGAGUAUUUAGCUGGGCAUUCAGAAGAAAAGUUGUUCGACUGUUCCUUCGAAACAAUAUAAGGAUAAAACAUUUGGACAGAAGUCUUGGUUUAAACCUCCAAUACCACUUUUUAGAAAUUCAACAGGCCCUCAAAAGCCAGGCAGCCGUUUAGGAUUGUAUAGACCUACAAGCCACUAGAAAUUGGACGGGAAUAUGCGUACUUAAACCAGUCCCCAAAACUGCUCUUUCGUUUUCGACAAUUCCUGCCCUCGAGGUGUGGGAGAGAUAAAUAAAGAGUUGUAGGUCCUUCGAUGUGCAGAGAAGAAAAAAAAUUCAAAGGAUUUAAUCGUUGUACAUGUACAGUUGUCUUUCUUUUUGUCGAGACCAAAAUAACGAUGUGUGUGGUCAGUGUGACGGUGCUAUUUCUCACUACUUAGGGUUACAUUUCUGAGUUCUCUUGUCUAUAUGAUGGUUUUAUGUCUUGAUCUAGCACUACAUCCAAACAGUGGGCAGAAUUAACAAAGUUUAGUUGUCAAAAUUCUCCAUGUUGGUACACAUGUACUUAUUGGCACAACCCUCAAAAGGGGUUUAGAAAAAGAUGUGAUACGCUCACGUUACUAGGUCUAUCCUGACACAAUUUUUACUACUAGUGGCUUGUAGAUUGUAUUUAUGCUACAGUUUGGUCAGCCUCAGCUAGCUAUGUACAGGUGCAUUCAAGUCCUCUAGAUACGGUAGUCUUUGAUAGCUACAAAUGCUAUAACUCAUAAGCAAACAUGACAUAUAUAACAUUAGUGUUGUAUCUAGGUAUCUUGGAAAUUAAGGACAAUUUGGUGAAUAUAUUGUGAUCUGGAGAAACUAAUCUGUGAAUAUAUAAGCCAUAUAUUUAUAUGAAAUUCUUUCUACUAUGUGAUUUAGCUUGAGUGUUGCUAGAGUGAGUGAUCACUAUGUUAUACCGUAACUCGGGAAAUCUUUGCAACCCAUGCUCUCAUCUGUGCUUUAGCUCUUUCGCUAGAGAUUUGAGCUGCAUAAAAAAAGUUACCUGUACAAAUUGAAGGCAUUUUUUGCCUAGUUUGAUGGAAUAUAGAAGUUAUGAAGUAAAGUAAUGUGAAGAAAUUGUGUAGAAAAUGAAUUUUGUGUGAGGCACACUGUGAGGUUGAAUGUAUGGAGUUUUUACCCUUCAAACCUUUUUUUUGUCUUAUUUACGGUAAAUUUUUCCCGAGAAAUAUUAUAGAUGUAGUUGUGGGAUUUGGUUGCAACAAAAUACUUGUUUUUUUUUUCUUUAUUAUUAUAUAAGUAUCAUAAGCACCAGACUGUAUGUAUUAUAUUUUUCUCUCCAUGGAUUUUGAUGAUGUAUCCCUUAAAUUGAUGAGUUAUUGAUUAUUGUUUGUUGUAUCUAUAGUCCUAGGAAUCGUUCUUAAUUACUCGAGUUGUUUGGUGACAGUUAUUGUGACCAGUAUCAAUCCAUAUUUCCAAUUAUAGUAUCAAAUUCUCCAUUGAAAUUGAGUGGUGACCAUGUUGUGAGAGAGAGAGCUUACCAUAGUCAUUGGUCCGGAUAUGGAUCCUUCCAACAUGUACUUGAACAAUGUCUUUCCAUAAUACAUUCCUUUCAAUAAAGCUUUCAUGAUGUUUUA